UCUAGCUGCCAUCACCAGAAACAGCUGUUUUCGGGUUGAGAAUGCUUGGCCAGCUUCACAGUUGACUGUUUACAAUUACCUAAUCGUUAAUUAAAACCAAAAGCAAUGUCUUGGCUGAGCAACACAUUUCAGAGGCUGUGCUACGCCUCUAAGUUUGCCAAUCUUGCUGCCGUCGGGGCAAAGCCAUUGGCGCUGACCAGUUCGACAACAGUGCGCCAGCUUUCGCAUGCUGAGAAACGUGCACGCGGUCCGACGGUGCGUCGUUAUGGCUACAAGGAGAAGAUAUUCCAGAGUGGUCUGCUCCCGCAUCUGGAUAACGGACACAAGCUGCCCAUGCCCGUGUAUCGGCCAAAGAAUGCCUGGCCGCAGAAGCGGGCGCUUUUUGGACAAAACGAUUACAUCGACAUCUUGGGCAACGAUCGACUGCAUCCGACUCGGGUGCUGUACUCGGUGCCGUCCUGGCUGCGCGGCGUCUCGGGUAAUGAGUACCAGGUGCUGCUGCGCAAGCGCCGCAUGCUGGCCAACACCAAAUAUCCGAUUGCCCGGCCAAGCAAGUGGAAGGAUAUGGAAAAGCGUAUCCUGUAUUUGUACAAAUUCCUCAAUCGAAAGACAAAAACGGGUUACUCCAAGCAAUAAUCUUACAAAUUGUUUAUAGUUGGAAUAAAAGUGGUUUUCUUUA